UACAGCUGUUUUGUGGUGAAAGUGAAGUGCAAGAAGUUUAAUGGUAUUUUAAAAAAAUGCCAUUUUCCGUGAUAGAAUUAAAGGAUGGUGUAGUUCUUGUUCCUACAAAGCGGAUAAGAAAUAUCGAACGGGAAAAAAUGAUUUGUUAUUGGCCUCCUUAUAAAAGUCAGUCUGAAAUAAAUGAUGCAGUAUCAAAACUAGGGGACCCCUUGCCUUCUUGGACUCGGCAUGAUGUGCUGAAACAUUUAAAAAAAACAAGCACGGUGCCAAAGAAGCAAAGAAGUUUAGAAAACGGUCUCUCGAGUCUUGCGUAUCAGGACAGAAACUCUGGUCUCACUUAUGAAGAAUUAUCUUUUAGAAAGAUGAAUGAAAUUAUAGUACACCUCAGAGACUUGAAAUUGCAGUCACAAAAUAACUCUGCGAUAGUGUUCGGGUAUCGCAUCAAAAUGCUACGGACCAUGAGAUCAGAACUUUGGGAUCAAGGUGGUUUUCCCAAGCCAACAACAGAUUGGUCAGGGAGAAAGAUAAGAAGAGAGCAGAUCAACAGGACGAUGAAAUGGAGGACGAGCUUACUCUGGAAGCAAAUGAAAAUGAGGGUGAAUAUCUAGAUGCCGAUGAUGAAGAAGGCGAUCUUGAUGAAGAAUAAUUUAAAUUAUGAAACUAAAUAUAUUAUUAUGUUUCCAUUGGCGUUUGUAUUAAUAACUGAUUUAUU